ACUCAUUCACAGUGACAUUUCCUCAUUUUUCCCCAAAAAAUAAAUAUGACUGAAUCUAAGCCUGAAGAAUCACUAUUAGCCGAAUCCUCGGAAGAUGCCGAAGAUACAAAAAAAGAGCAAUUACCGCCAGAUACUGCGAGAUUGAGCGCUGUUACCGAAACCAUGGAAAAAAAAGAAUCUACCCUGCUUGGGAAUCAGCCUUCAAUUGCAUCAGCCUCUAGCACAUCAAGUAGCAGUACCGAAUCAGCAGAAGAGGAUCAAGACUCUCAGAAAGUGGAAGAAACAACUGUAAAGAAAAAUCCGCUAGAUGAUUUAACAUACGACGAACUAUCCAAAACGGUUUACGAGUUACAAACAGAAUAUAGGCACCUAACUACAGAAAAUGAUAUGCUCGAGAGAUAUUUAAAUUUUAAUGAUCCCCAAUUGCUGGAAGGAAUGGCUCAGAUGAUAGAAAAUGCAAUUAAAAUGCAAGGAACAGAAUCUGUGAGAAGAGCCACUUUAGCAGAUACCUACUCAGUUAAAUCCUAUACAUCAGCUACGAAAAUUGAGAGUUCGAUUGUUGGAACAAGUUCCAUUAUCGACAGGGGACCUAGAAUCAAUCUGACCCAGAAGAGUGACAUGAUAAUGAAAGAAAUGGAAGAGGUACAGAAAAAUCUGAACAAGUUCUAUAAGGAUUCCCACAGACGAAAAUGCGCCUUGAAAGCAGAAUUGGAAGAAGUCGGAAUAGAGAUAGCAGAAACACUGGAAGCUCUGAACCAAUUCGAGCAGACUGUUGUUAUCGAAGGAGUUGAUCCUUUGACGCAGAGAAUACCGGCGGAGAAGUUCGUGAGGUACGUUCAAGAAUGGCUCAAAACAUCUUUGGCAGUCAUUCAGAAAUAUAGAUUGAGACAAAGUACCCUGACAUCCCAUCUGAGAAAACUGAAAGAAGUCCUCAAACAGAAAAAGGAAUUGGGGGAGAGUUUGCAUGCUGUCGAUUUUGAAAAACUACAAAUAGAAAAUAACCAUUUUUUGAAGGAAAUCGAUUUGAGGACCCUCCAACUGAUUGAUUUGAAACGGAUGAACGGUGGAGCAAAUUUGAUUCUCACCAAUCAGAAAAAAUUUCUUAUGAAACAAAUAAGUGAAAUGCAAAAAAUUCAAAGGGAUAUCGAUGAAACAAGGAAUAAGAUCGACGAUUUAGAAAGGGAGACGGAGAAGGCUGAAGAACAACUUGACAGGGUGAAGGCUCAUUACGAAAGCAUAAGACAGAUGAUAGAGGAAUACAAAGUUCCUGAUGUAAUGGAGUAUGUGAGAAUCAAAGGAAAGGUAUAUGAACUGCAGAAGAAUAUCAAGAUAUGGUCAAGAAGGAGUCAUUUGCAAGAUGUUGCUCUCAAUUCUUCCAUUCGAGAAAUGAAAAACAUUACGGGGAGCAAAAAAGUGCUAGACCACUGGUUUGAAAUUUCUCAUCCUCAGACGACGACUUCAGACCUCGAAUUGAAAAUAAGACAGAAAAAUUCGGAUGAGGAGGAUUCCAUGAGUAUUGAUUUACCAAUAGAUCUCGACUGAAAAAUAAAAAUAUAAUAUAAUAUUACAAUUCAUAAAAAAUACAAUCAAUUUUA